CCCGCUCCUACGUCAUGCAACUACCAGACGGGUAACUCCAGUUCACGGAUCAACGACAGCUACGAUUUACUUAUGGUGUACGUAGCAGCUUACUACGAAAGCAAAGUGAACUGCAGAUUUCUCUUUCGGCAUGGCAGCUACGACGAAGGUCAAAUACUCCGUGGAGGGCAUGACGUGUCAUUCAUGCACGAAAUCAAUCCAUAGUGCAGUCUCCGAGCUGCCCGGGGUCCAACAGGUCGACGUCUUUUUGGAAGGUGCAUGUGCAACUGUUGUCUACGACGCCGAUCUAACUAAUCCUAAUGCGAUCAAGGAGACGAUCGAAGAUUGUGGCUUCGACGUCGAGACGGUAGUGAUCGAAAGCCUCGGCCGGAGCGAUCAACACGAAAGGUCCCCUUGCAGAAAGCAACAAGAUGUGACGUUCGACGUCGAGGGCAUGGUGUGCCACUCGUGCGAAAAGAGCAUCGAAGGAGCUCUCCAAGAGUUGAACGGCGUUCUCGAUUGCAGAGCGUCUCUCGAGAGAAAUCAGUCGUGGAUACGGUACGACACUAGCCGAGUGUCAGAAGAUCAACUGAAAACUACCAUAGAAGACUGUGGAUUCGACGCCAACGUAUCGGGAAAUCCGUGGACACCUGCCGGAGUUAAGGUGUUGUCACGAGUAGAUGAGGUCUCCGGAACACAAUCAGAAAGCAGUUUACUUGUGCAAGAUCGCUUGGGACGACGUAGAAUAUUCUCCAGUUCGUACGGUUCUUGUGCGAAGAAGAUUGAACCCAAGCGGAGAGCUCAGACUUAUAAUCAAAGCUGUGCAGGUCGUAUCACAACAGGUGGGCGCAAACGGACUGUCACAGUUAAUCUGACGGAUUUGAAGUCUGACAACAGGUCGAAGUUGCUCGAAAAAGAACUGAGAAGCAGAGAAGGCAUAAUGGCAGUCCGGGUCGACAGAACGUUGGGAAAGGCAGACGUCACUUAUGAUCCUCGGUUUAUCGCAUCCUCCACGGUAGUGAACGGUAUUCACGAAAUAUCUCCAUCGCCCGAUCACUCGAACAGAGUCGAGACUCUUCAGCUUGUGGUUACUGGGAUGUCGUGUGGUUCUUGUGUCAACCUAAUUGAGCGGACGUUGAAGAAGAAAGCUGGAGUCAAGAGUGCUUCUGUGGCUCUCUCCACGGGCAUUGCUCGCAUCGAGUACGACUCCUUCGUCAUUGGCCCUCGAGACAUCAUCUCAGCAAUUCACUCGCUGGGUGAAUUUACUGCCACUCUGCCUGAAGCGGAGAAAGGACAAGGUAACCGACUUGGUUAUUCAAAGCAAAUCAAAAAAUGGUUGAUAACGUUCUUAAUCUGUCUUGUUUUUGCUAUUCCAACCCUCGCGGUCGACUUCGCUCUCGAUAAAGGGUGCGAUCAGAGGAUAAUAACGGACGGAUUGUCUGUACACAAUCUCGUUUUGUUCAUCUUUAGUACUAUUGUAAUGGUGGCUGCUGGACGACAUUUCUUCGUUUCUGCGUUCAAGGCCGUGUCUCACUGUAACGCCAACAUGGACGUGCUGAUUUCCCUCGCUACGUCCAUCGCCUAUUUGUAUUCUUUGGUUGUGUUGGUGGUUGCCAUGGCAACUCAAAAACCGUUAAGCCCGGUCACGUUUUUUGAUACUCCCCCGUUGCUGUUUGCAUUUAUUGCUCUUGGAAGACUGCUGGAAUACACAGCCAAAAGAAGAACGUCUGAUGCUUUGUCCAAGCUCAUGGAACUUCAACCUAAAGAAGCAAUUCUUGUUGAGCUUGGGGAAGAAAACACAAUCAUCAAAGAGGAGAAUUGUAAUAUCGAUCUUAUCCAUCGUCACGACGUCGUGAAGGUCAUUCCGGGGGCAAGGGUGCCCGUCGACGGAGUUGUACUGGACGGGCAAUCGGUCGUUGACGAAUCUAUGAUCACCGGAGAAUCAGUACCCGUCAUGAAGACGGCCGGAGAGCCAGUUACAGCUGGAACUAUUAAUCAAAACGGUAGACUGUUGGUUAAAGCUACGCAGGUUGGAGGAGACACCAUGCUGUCUCAGAUAGUCAAGCUUGUGGAAGAAGCUCAAAAUUCGAAGCCUCAGAUACAGCAGUUUGCUGAUAAAGUGGCCGGCUACUUUGUUCCCGCAAUUCUUGUUCUGUCUGCAAUAACAUUUACGGUAUGGAGCGUUUUGGGACACGAGUACCCCAGUCUAGCACAUCUGGUGGAAAGCAAUUGCACCUACAAAGGAGAAGAGAUAACUCUAAAUGCAUUUGGUAAUGCCGUGGAAUUUCUGGAUGUUGCUUUCUUUACCGCGGUCGCGGUUCUUUGCAUCGCCUGUCCCUGCGCUCUCGGAUUGGCUACGCCCACCGCGGUUAUGGUGGGGACAGGAGUGGGAGCACAGAACGGUAUUCUUAUUAAGGGUGGCGAGCCUCUGGAAACGACGCACAAAGUUUCUACUGUUAUCUUUGACAAGACGGGAACUCUAACCGAGGGUAAACCCAAAGUAACAGUGAUGCAAACGUUUGUUGGUGUUGAAGUUUGUACUCCGGAGUUUGCGUUGGCCGCAGCAGCUUCCGCAGAAAAGGACAGCGAACAUCCCCUGGCUUCGGCGGUGGUGGAGUACGGGAAAGAUAUGCUGGGAGACGAAAGGUUGGGUCAGCUUUCUUCGUUUGAAGCCGUCGCUGGAAAAGGUGUGAAGUGCAAAGUGUCCGGCUUGGAAAAGGUUCCUGCAGUCAGCAGGCAAUCAUCAUCAAAUUCGACAACAAGAGCUAUUGCAGUUGAGGGAUUGCAUGACGUUCUGGUUGGUUCGAGAAAGCUGAUGCUGGAUAGCAACAUAGCUGUUCCUGUAAACGUUGAAACGGAACUGAUGGAGUUGGAGCGAGACGCUCAAACAGCCGUGAUUCUUGCCAUCGAUGGUCUUGUUAUUGGAAUUUUGGCCAUUGCUGAUACCUUGAAACAGGAAUCCGCCAAAGCUGUCGACGUUUUAGGAAAAAUGGGGUUGAAGACGGUGCUCCUAACCGGAGACAACGAAUUGACCGCCAAAGCUAUUGCUCGUCAGGUUGGUAUACUUACCGUACGGGCUAACGUACUUCCAGCCGAGAAAGCUGAGGCGGUGAAAGAGCUACAAGAAAACGGCGAGAUGGUUGCCAUGGUCGGAGACGGUAUUAACGACUCUAUUGCGCUUGCGCAGGCGAAUGUUGGCAUUGCUAUUGGAACGGGGACGGACGUCGCUCUGGAAGCAGCAGACGUCGUGCUAGUCAAGGACAAUCUGAUGGAUGUUGUAACGGCCAUCGACCUUUCCCGAUCCACCGUUCGUCGAAUCCGUUUGAACUUUGCCUGGGCAGUUGUCUAUAACAUGAUCGGUAUACCGCUAGCGGCGGGAGCUCUCAUAACGGUCGGACUCAGACUUGCUCCCUGGAUGGCGGCCGCUGCGAUGGCAAUGUCAUCGGUAACUGUCGUCACUUCGUCUCUUCUUCUCAAGUGUUAUCGAAAGCCUAGGUCAGCGGAGCCUUCGUCAGAGUUCCAAAGAGAUGACGCAAAUUCGGGAAUGAAGUCUACGCAAUCAAGAAAGGGUCCUAGAGAAUACGAGCUGCUGCUGUCCUCGGAAAUGGCGUAAGUUGACUGUUGUUUGUCUCGAAGAAGAAGAAGAAGAAGAAGAAGAAGAAGAAGAAGAAGAAGAAAAAGAAGAAGAAGACAAAGAAAAGGGGGACGUCAAACAUUUAUGCAGUAAUAAGCGGUUUAGCCAAAAUUGUGUUGUGUACUUCGAGAUUUUGUGCUAGAACUAAGCUCUCAUGUAAGAAUUUUCUCUGAUAUAUAUAACUCAUUUCAAGGUAUCU